AUGGGCGCACUGUAUAAAAACCAUGCUCUCCAUCACAUCAGCAUCAGAUAUAGCAACAUAUCCACUUUCUGGUUCAAGCCUGCAACCAUGAAGGCUGUCAUACUUGUGUGUCUGCUUUUCAUAAUUGUAAGAACGGAUGCUCAAUUUAUUCCAGAGGGAUGUAUCAAUAGCAACACAAACAGACCCCCGCAAAACUCUGACAUUACGGUGGUAUGUGGAACACAAUUUAUGGACCUGAGCAUCUUGCUUUGCCCCAUUUACAACGCCAACUACAACGAAAGUCUGAUGAUCCUCAAUGGAAAGAAUGACAGUCAAUGUACAGGGACAGCAGACUUAUCUGCCAACCCCCCGGUGUUAAAAUUCAGAUUGUCCAUACAUCAAAAUUCUCUUGAAGCCUGCAACAAUGUGUUCCGGAUUGAUAAUGAAGUUGGGACUGGAGCCUUUUCGCAGUUUUCAAAUAUACAGCAUGUGAACAUCUCAGGGAAAGUAGAGUCCUCUGACCCUGCUACAGGUAUGAUUACCUACCGACCAUUGAUAACCUACAUGUACUCCUGCAUGUACCCCCUGCAGUACGUGCUCAACAACACAGAGAUGGCCGUAGCUGGAGUCAACCUCGCCAUAAACGACAACAAUGGAAGUUUUAUCAGCACUCUGAAUAUGAGUCUAUUUACAAAUUCCAGCUACAAUACACCUCUUAUUAUUCCAGCGACAGGAGUUAACUUAAAGGAACAAAUUUGGGUUGAAGUUAGAGCUACCAAUCUGUCAAACAGAUUUAAUGUGCUGCUCGACCAGUGCUUUGCAACAGUUGAUGUGUAUGACAAUGCUACAAAUGGUUAUAACCUUUUUGUUGGCUGUCCCCGAGAUCCUCAAACAAAAGUGAUUGAGAAUGGAGAGUCUCAGACUGCGCGCUUUGUAUUUGAGGCCUUUCGAUUUGUGGAGCAUAAAAACUUGAAAGUGUCCAGAUUCUACCUGCACUGCAUCACAAGACUUUGUAAUGUGUCCAUGUGUGCCAGCAUGUUACCCAACUGUAACACUCCUAUUGGAAGAAGACGAAGAGCGGUAGAUGAGUAUGGGAAUAGUGCUACAGUCACCUCACCACCCAUUGUUGUGGGCCAGCAAGCUGCUUCUGAUUUAAGCAGUUCAUCUAAGCAAGGUGUGGUGUCAGAGGAUGAGUACAGCAGCCCCGUGGUCGCAGUGAUCGUGUGCUUGGCUGUCCUUUCCGUGCUCAUGGUGGCGAUGGGGGCUUAUUUCACAUGGACCCUCCGACAUAAACUUGCGCUUUAAUCUGGCUACAGGACAGAACCUAGAAUCUGCUCUGAGGGCUGCAGCAGUAUAUUUUAACCAAAGCUUCAGGGAUAAUAAGGGACAGUAGUAUUCAUUGACAUCAUGUGGUCAUAAUUCUUUGCAUCUUACAAAACAAUCUAAGGCUACAUAUGGUCUGCCAGUAAUUAAAGAUUCUUAUGUAAUCAAUCAGGCAUAAGGUUUGCAUUUUGUCAAUGGUUUGUGUUAUAACUGCAUGAGAGUAUUAUUGGUGAAAGGAUGUCACGUUAUUUACCAACAGCAUAUUUUCAGAUUU